UACGUGCCGGGUGUGUAGUGAUUCUAGCAGUGAUGCAAUUUCGAAAAUUCUCGUGAUCGACGGUGCCGGAAACGUCAAAAUUUCAAGAUAAUCAAGUGCCAUGCCCGUGCCCCAUUAAUGUUCGAAUUUAUCAUGUGUCUAUGAAAGUGCAUUUAGUUAGUGAUAAGUUAUAUCGUUAGUUACAAAGUAACGCAACGCAACAAAAGUGGUUCAGAAAAAUUGCAAUCAAGAAAUGGAUGUCUACCAACUAGAUUCGCCGACCGAUGGGCUCAGUUCUAGCCUAGUGAAAUUGGACGAAGACCUAGCGGAUAUGAGUUUCGAUGCCGGAUCGGAGUUCAAUUUGCACUUUUUCGAUACCCCCGAGGAUUCCAACACCCAAAGUGGAUUGAGUGAUCACGACGAAUCGGUGGAAUCGAGCUCGAGGGAAACCCCUCCGAGUCCUGUAGUUCAGCGAACGUCGUUACAACCGCCGCCACCACCGCCUCCGUUGGCGAUCGCAGUUGGGCAGGAUCCCAUUUCCAGUACGAUCGUGGUAACGAGCAGCUCGACGCCGAUGACAUUGGUCAAUCCGGCGACUUGUUUGGUGAUCAGUUCGUCCGAGAUGGCGAAGGUUUCCUCCAGCAGUUUUGAUGGACCGCAGAGAAGCAGCGGAGGAUCGAGAUUAGAACAGCAGUGUGCCGGUUCGGAUGCUAGCUCGACGACCUCCUCGAAGACGUUCGUGGCCUGCAAGGUGUGCGGCGACAAGGCCUCCGGCUAUCAUUACGGCGUGACGUCGUGCGAAGGCUGCAAGGGAUUCUUCCGGCGGAGCAUCCAGAAGCAGAUCGAGUACCGCUGCCUGCGGGAUGGCAAGUGUCUGGUGAUACGGCUCAACCGAAACCGGUGCCAGUACUGUCGGUUCAAAAAGUGUCUCGCCGUUGGAAUGAGCCGGGAUUCUGUUCGCUAUGGUCGUGUUCCGAAGAAAUCACGCGAAGCCGGAAACUGCACCGAAGAUAUGAACGUUUGCGUAAACUCGACGACACCGACCCAGGUGUCCCAGUUGAGCAGCUGCGGCGGGACGCCCACGCCGACAGUCCCAGUGAUUAGUGCCAGCAAUAAUAUUAAUAAUAAUAAUAAUAAUAAUAAUAACAACAAUAACAACAACAAUAAUAAUAAUAAUAACAAUAGCAUCAAUAACAACAACAACAUCAUUGGUUCCGGAGUGGGAACCGGAAUCGGAGCCAUGACCAAUUGUGCCGAGAUAAGCACGUCGACUGCGGUCGUAACCACCAUCCUGCCGGACUCGAUGACCUUCAGCCCGCCGGAACUGUCCAUCUACGAUAUCAUUCAUUGCGUUGCGCAAGCACAUCGAGGCCAUUCCACCUAUACCACCGAGCUGGUCAAGGAGCUGAACCGGAUAUCGUUGGUCAACUACAGCGAGAAGAAUAAUAUCAUCAUGCAAUCGUUGGACACAAUCGAGGACCAGCGAAUAUGGUUGUGGCAGCAGUAUGCGAUGCGGAUGACCCCCUCGGUGCAGCGGAUCGUCGAAUUUGCCAAGCGGGUUCCCGGUUUCGGGGAGUUCCUACAGGACGAUCAGCUGAUCCUGAUCAAGCUGGGCUUCUUCGAGGUGUGGCUCAGCCACGUCGCCAGGGCCACCAACGAGUCGGCGUUGACCUUCGACGAUGGGGUGUACAUUACCCGGCAGCAGCUAGAAGUGAUAUACGAUGUGGAUUACACGAAUGCACUGUUCAACUUCACUAGCGGAUUGAACAACUGCUGUUUGAGUGAUACCGAGAUCGGGCUGUACUCGGCACUGAUUUUGAUGUCCGAUCGACCCGGACUGAUGGAGACCAAGAUGGUGCUGAAAACGAGGGAGUGCAUUGCGGAGGCAUUGAGGGUGCAAAUUACGCGGACCAGGUCCAAUGCGGUCAAUGCACUGCAGAUAAUGCCAGCACUAGAGGCUAAGAUUCACGAGCUGCGAACGCUCGGCGAGAAACAUUUCGCCCAUUUGGAAUGGUUCCGGCAAAAUUGGAGCUCAAUCCGAUUGCCGCCGCUGUUUGCGGAAAUAUUCGACAUUCCAAAAUGUGAGGAAGAUCUGCAGUAAGGGAGGGGAAGUUGAAUCCUUUAGAAAACAAUUGGCCAAUAAUAUUAAGGAAAUCGUACUUGAUAUUUCAAUUUAGGAACAUACAUAUAUCGAACGAAAGCAAGACUUGCCAAAUCUAUAUCAAUGUGAGUGUUGACGUGUAGCGACAAUUUAGACGAUGAAUGUUAACCGAAACGAAACGGUAUUUAUUUUUGUUAGCUUUCUUUCCAUCAACGUUCCACGAAAAUCUCGCUGGUUGUAAGCGAUAUAAUCUUAUCGAAACUCAUUAUAGAUAGCCAUUAGAACUCAUCGGAAGGAAGUUAGCUUUUAGAAUGAAAUUAGGAAACCAAUAUCAUACACUCUCUACCCGACAUAUCACUGAUAUCGAUGUGAAUUUGAAACCAGUAGAAUUAAACCACAAUUGACGACCCCUUCUUCUCCCUUUCCCCCCCCCCCUCCUCACGGUACUAGAAACGAUACGCAAAACAAUAAUGUGGUGCUUGCAUAGAUAAUGAUUCUUAUCAUCAGUUAGAUACAAGGAAACGAAUGACGAACAUGUUUAAGCGUUUCUACCGCAGUCGAAAUGUCAAUUUGAUUAUCAAAUUUCACACAUGGAUGAUGGAGUUACAAAAAAUGGACGACAAUGGUACAGAUGUUUAGACUUGAGGAUACCCAACCU